AUGGCAGAAACCUUCUUCACACCGGAAACCACGUCCGUCCUCGCAGAGAUCCUCGAACCCCAAUACAACGGCUCAGUUGGGCGCUCAGCAGCAUGGGCAGACGGAUAUGCGCACACAAGCGAAGGCCACUUCUCGUACCAGUGGCACUGGAUAGACACACACGACCGUCAACCUGAGAACUGCAGUCUAGACUAUGCGCGGGACUGCGCAAAGGGCGGAUGCGUUGUUAGUGCUAUUGCAAACCAGACGAGGAUACUGCGGGAGUGCAUAGACCAGGUGUAUACUGGUGAUUUGACGGGAGGUGCAAACCUGACUUGCUCUUAUGCGUUGAAGUGGGUUGCUCAUUUCCUGGGCGACAUUCAUCAGCCUCUACAUGCAAGUGGCCGACAAGUAGGAGGCAAUACGUACAAAGUGGUAUUUGGUGGCGCUCACACGCAGUUACAUUCUCAAAAGGAUGCGCUAACAAGCAAGGUCUGGGAUGGCUACAUACCCUACUUCGCGGCAAACGUCGACCAUCCCUUCUCGCACGAGUCGAUCGAUCCGUUCUUCUCUGGGCUCGUCGCUCGUAUUCGCAAAGAUCAGUUCUACUCCGCGCCGUACAUGUGGCUCUCCUGUACCGACCUUUCUACACCCGAGGAAUGCGCAACAAGUUGGGCGAAGGAGAGCAACAAAUGGGACUGCGACUACGUGUGGAGUCGCGUAACGAACGACACAGAUCUUGGGACUAAUGGGUAUGCUGCAGGCGCUGUGCCAAUAGUAGAGCUUCAGAUAAGCAAGGCUGCGCUCAGACUGGGUACAUGGCUGAACAACUUGGUCGAAGGGGCCAAAUCUGCUGUGGAAGAAGAGGAAAUAAUGGAGCUUUGA